UCUAAGGGGAGAACCCAUUAACUCAUUUAAGCAAGCGCCUGUGUUUCCCGUGGUGGCGAGGAGUGAGCACAAAUGUGCGAUCGUGAUCGGUCUUUCAGCGAGAGAAGCAUCGCCAGUAGAACUGUCGGCGGUCACCCUUGCAAGUUGGGAUUGUCGAUAGGCUCAUGGUAAAAUUCGGGGUCUGUGGAGGUAGUUUCCGGAAGGGAUCAUUCGAAGCUUCGAAUUCCUUGUUUGGGGGUGGGACUCCCGGGUGGUUCUAUCGUUCUAUUGUCCGAGGCUUGCGAGUGGAAAACGGUGCUAGGGGAUGAUGGCUUGUGUGAGGAGGGUCGUAGACUGCGCACGGCCUAGCCUAGAUGUUCCUUAUCACACUGUUUCGGUUAUUCACAGAGCUUAGAUUUUGUUGAUUGUUCGCAUAUUGGAUUCGGUCUGCUCGUGUUUGUGCGAGUUGUGUCAUAUUGGCUUCGGUUAAGGAUGAGAUGGACACCUACCUCUGGAAUGCGGCCGGAGAUCCACAAUUCCGUUACCGAUUACGAGUAGCUUCGCCGGUGCCUCGUUAUGUAAACCCUGGGGAUUCAAGAAACAUGGCAGAACUAUGAAGCUGUUUUGUGUUACUUUUAGUGGUUUCGCGGCUUAGGUUGUUGUUUUUAGGAGAAUGUUUUCCGCGGAGCCUUGAUUCUAUGAAAGAAGAUGACCUUGUAGGCAGGGAGGAAAUAAAUUAAGUGAGAUUAACGUGAGGAGCUGGUGGGGUUUUUUACUCUAGCCAUGUCGGAUCUCAGUCUGGCUCUGCCGGUGCACGAUACUACCCCAGGAGGGGUUACACCAGCCUCAUUCCAGGAACUCUGUUCUGAUCUUGAAACACUCAUUCAGAUGCCCGAUGAGGAAUACAGUGACCUUAAUAUCAUUGUAGAGGGGGAAUAUGUGCCAGUUCACAGAUGCAUUCUCGCAGCUCGGUGCUCAGGUUUACGGAAGGUGUUGGCAGGGAUAGUACGGAAUGGGAAAUCGAAGUUAGAACUGGAGCUCAACACUAUUACCGAUAAAGGAAAGAUAGGAUACGAAGCUUUUAGGGCUGUGAUGGGCUACGUGUAUGGUGGAAAGAUGGAACCUUGGCCAGUAGUUAUUGCUUGUUAUGAUUCCUCCUGUGCUCAUUUGACAUGUCGCCCAGCUAUCAACCAUGUGCUGGAGAUCCUCUACGCUGCUAUUUUAUUAAAUCUACCUGAAUUGAAUACUCUUGCGCAGCAACAUCUUAUCGAUAAGUUGGGAAAGUUUCAAGUGGAAGAUAUGCUACAUGUGUAUCGAUCAGCUUCUGCCAUUGAAUGCUCUCAGUUGCAGUCGGUGUGCUUAACCACAUUGGCCUCUUCAAAACUUGAUAAUUUGACGGUAGAGAAGGAGUUUUCUGGAGCAGCUCUGGAAGAAGUGAGAAGGAUGCGAAUGGAGCUUGGAAAUGGCAUUUCUCACCUGGCUCCAUUACAGGAAAUGCAAUGCAAACGAAUUCACAGAGCACUGGACUCGGAUGAUGUAGAAUUGGUUCGUCUGUUACUAGAUGAAAAAAAGCUAGAUUUUGAUGGAGCACACGGGCUCCAUUAUGCUGCAGCAUACUGUCAUCCUAGGACUUUGGCUCAUCUGCUGGAAUUGAACCUUGCAGAUCCAAAACUACGCAACGAAAGGGGUAUGACGGUUCUUCACGUGGCUGCUUGGAGGAGGGAGCCACAGGCAAUCGGGAAUCUUCUGGACAAGUCUGCACAGCUGAAAGAUUUAACGCCAGAUAACCUAUCAGCCCUUGACAUCUUAAGACGUCUGUCCAGAAAGUCAAAUGUCGACAGAGAAGAUACUGAAAAGGAACGCCUCUGCAUCACUAUCCUGGAACAGGCAGAAAAGAAACACACUUUGACAGUCCCACAAUCUGCAGCAGCUAUGUUGACCAUGCCAUCUACUGAGAAGGAGCUUACGUCGAUGUUGCUUUAUCUUGAGAAUCGAGUGGCGUUGGGAAGGUUGCUGUAUCCUCGGGAAGCAGAUAUUGUAAUGGGUAUAUCUCAUUUAGAUUCGUACGCUGCAUUCACGGGAGUUCAUAUGAAACCGCCCGGAUCAGGGAUAGCAAGUAGGAGGAGGAAACCGGCUGUGGACCUUAACGAAGAGCCAUCCAAGAGACUCGCAAAUUUGGUUGCUGGUGCCGAAGAUCAAUCUAAGGAAGGUCGGUUGGAAUCUUUACGUCAGAGGUGUGAUGCUCUACGGAAAGCUGUCGAAAUGGGACGCAGAUACUUUCCAUGCUACUCGGCAGUCAUUGACAAGUAUGUUCUGGAUGAUGACUACGUUGAACCUAACGAUGAGGGAAAUAUUGAGGAGAAGCUCAUGAAAAAGAGGCAUCUCGCAGAAUUGAAGGAUAUACUUCAGGAUUCCUUUCCGAAAUCGAAGGUUGAUGAGCACAAAAUGGCAGAGAGGGGAAUGGAAAAGAACAAGAGACCUCGUAUGCAAGAUGGUUCAUCAUCAUCUUCAUCCUCAUCAUCUUCUAGAAGUACGAGCGGCAGCAUGGUGACAAAAAGGUAGUCAAUUGCGCAAAGAGAUUUCAAUCAAGUGGUUUUGCGAAUACCAGAGUGCCUCAUCUUUACCUGAAAACAGUUAAAGGAAUGAAGACGUGAAGUAUCUCGAAAAGAGUCGAAUACUGAUUUUUUGGGACGCUGUACUUUUUUAGAAGCAGUGCAGGGCUCUGCAGUCCUAAUGGUUCUUUCAGGCUUAAGAGUGAGGGGGCAAUAAAUACCUGGUACAUCGAACAAUCAGAAUAGUCGAUUUGGAUUUGUGUAUUCUUGAUCAGUUUUUCAGUGGUAGAAGCAUGUAUAUUUGAUGACGAUUGGUAGUUGUAAAAUAUUAUCAGAAGUGAUUUCCUUUCUCAAGGAGUCGUUGGUUUCAUUUCAAA